AUGAUGGCUACUAGUAGCAUGGGCCCCAACUUCAAUGCCGGUCAUCCUGCUGGCAUGGGGCACCCAGGCGUGGCUGGCCAUCCCGUGGGACCCGGGAUGCCUCACCAGCCGGGGCAGCAAGGCGCACCGGGCGGCAUGCCUCAUCAGUUCGCCGGCGGGCCGAUGGGGGUGCCGCCUGGUGCUCAAGCCAAUGCGAUGAUGGCUGCUAUGCCGCCAGGUAUGGCUGCGCAGUUUCAGAAUAUGGCUCCUGCGCAGCAACAGGCGUUUAUGCAGCAGCAUCAGCAGCAGCAGCAGCAACAACAGCAACAUCAACAGCAUAACAUGCAACAGCAAUUUGCUCAGAACCCCAAUUUCGCGGCGAUACGACAACAACAGAUGAUGGCACAGCAUCACCAGCAACAGCAAGCUCGAAAUAUGAUGGCGCAGCAGUUCAAUGCUGGCGUGCAACACCAAGGCAUGCCUAUCGGACAAAUGCAGCUCACCCCGCAGCAAAUCCAUGCCCUCCGUCAGCAGCGAGGCCAAAUGCCUAUGGGGCAUCCGAACAUGAUGCUCAGGCCCAGCAGCAGGCGCAACAGCAGCAGGCUCAGCAACAACACCAACACCAACAUCAACAUGGCCAGCAGCAGCAACAACCUGGGCAGCCAGGCCAAGCAGGACAGAUGA